AUGACUCCAACUAUCGAAUCUGGUGAUGCCAACAGCAAAGUUAAAUUGCGUAUCCGCCGUGUUAAAGCCAAUGGACGUGAACGUGCUCGUAUGCACGGAUUGAACAAUGCUUUGGACGUCCUUCGUCAAUAUGUACCUCUCACUACACAACAUCAGAAGCUGAGCAAGAUUGAAACCUUACGAUUAGCUAGAAACUACAUCUCUGCUCUUCAUCACAUCCUUCAAUCUGGAGCUACCCCAAGCCCCUUGGAAUAUGCUCAACAACUCUCUGUUGGACUCAGCCAAACGACAACUAACAUGCUAGCUAACCUUCUUCAAGUGCAGCCAAGACUUUUGAUCUCUUCUCCCAAUCGUCAAGAACAGUGUCCAACAGCCUAUUCAACCCCAACAGCAACUCCAACUCAUUCGACAUCUCAUCUGCAAUACAUGCCAUAUCAGGUCAACUCACCUCCAUGCUACUAUGAGCCUCAAUCCUGUUCCUCUGAUCCAGGAUAUGAAAAUAGUGUCGGAUAUUCACACGCUAUGUCUUAUUAUCCUCAACAACCAUAA